ACCGGUCAGGUGCAGAGUGCAUAACAAGCAGUUGCGUCUGCCUCCCUGUCUACCUUCCUCUGUGAGCUACUGCAUCUUCGCUCACCAACUUAAGCAACCUGUAGAGCCCUUUCCGUCAAGACGAAGUUGAGAGAGCAGAUGGCGGCUGGGGAGGCCAAGAAGGUGGAGUUGGAGGCGGCCACCAAGGACAUCGCCGAGGAGAAGGCCAUCGUGCCCGUCGCCGACGACUCCAAGGCCAUCGUCGCCGUCGCCAAGGAUGCUGAAGGUCACAAAGGUUCAUCUGAAAGAGAUGCUUAUCUCACCAAGAUUAUGUCCGAGAAGAGACUGACGCUGAUCCACGCCUGGGAGGAGAGCGAGAAAGCAAGAGCUGAGAACAGGGCCGCCAAGAAUCUGUCCUUCAUCACUUCAUGGGAGCACGCCAAGGAAGCAGAGCUGGAGGCCGGAUUGAAAAAGAUGGAGGAGCAACUGGAGAAGAAGAAAGCAUCGUAUAAGGAGAAGCUGAAGAACAAGCUCGCUGCGCUCCACAAGUCGGCCGAGGAGAAGAGAGCGAUGGCGGAGGCGAAGCGUGGGGAGGAAAUAGUCUUCGCGGAGGAAAUGGCUGCCAAGUACCGCGCAAAAGGCGAGGGCCCGACGAAGCUCUUUGGGCUCUUGAAAGCAUGAGAGCUGUGAUUCGAGGAAGGCGUCAACACUCCCUGCAGAGUGUACAUAUGUUGGACUGUUACCGACUAGUCUGGGACUUACAGAUUCGAUGCAUGACUUGUUAGUGGUGUGUACAUGUAUUUUGAAGGCCAUUGGUGUGUGUUUCUUUUGUUGGAAGGUUUCUUGUUUGGUUAAAUUUGUUAAGUAAUUGUGUAUAAGCAUAGGAGUGCAGGUCUGAUCUGAUGGAUUGAUAUAUUUAUUCUUUGUAUGUAAGUUUUGUUCGUUAAAGCAUUCGUUCAUAUGCAUUUGAGAAAUACUGUUCCAUUUGUCUCA